AUGCCUGGUCCCAAGGAGCCUAAAACUGAUGAGAUAAAUAAUUAUCUUGAGCCAAUGGUAGAUGAGUUAAUACAGCUGUAUUGUGGGAUAAGAAUCCUAACAUUCAAGUCUCCUGCUGGCGAAGUGAUUCGUGCUGCAUUGAUGAUGGUUGCCUGUGACAUCCCAGCUGCCAGAAAGACUGGCGGAUUUACUGCGCAUAAUAGCACUUGCGUAUGCUUUAAGUGCAACUGUCAUUUCACUCGCCUUGACAGCACAAACAAGGUUGAUUUCCGUGGAUUUUGUGGUAUUUCAGAGUGUAUUUACUGCUUAACUAGUGUUGGUGUUACAAUUAUGACAUCAAGUCAUAAAUCAGCUUUAGGACUUCCUACUAAAUUAGCUCCAUAUCGCUCUGACACAGUUUACCUGGCACUACUACACUAUCCCAAUAUGAAUAUGCUCUUAUAUGUCAUAAAUCCAACAUCCGAGUAUCUGGAUCACCACAGAUUUAAAGAGUCUGAGUGGUGUCAUUGUAACUAUGAGGAGAAUAGGCUGCAUGCGGAGGAGUGGAAGAGCACAGUUAUCAUCUCAGAAAGGCAGCAUCUGGAAAUUGAAAAAUGGUGUUCGAUGUGGAUUGAAUGUGGUGUUCUUAGAGACAGAGAUUUCACCGCCAUGCAAAAGAUAGCUGAUAAGAUGAUUGUGCCAAGGAGAUAUACUGCAUUGAAAAGCAAAAUUGACAAAAAAAUUGCAUUUAUGAAAGUGGACGAGUGGAAGUUAUGGGUAUUAGUAUAUUCUCCUGUGAUGUUGAAGUCGGUGCUCUCAUCCUUGCAUUUCAAUAACUGGAUUGAUUUUGUCUAUGCCUGCCGUCACCUUGUAAAGCCCAGCAUUACAUUUGAUGAUAUUAAUACCAACCAUAGACAUCUCGAAAAUUUUUGUGAAAAAUGCAACGAGAUUUACACCAUCAUGAUCCUUACCUGUAAUAUGCACUUACGCCUCCAUCUUUGA